AAUAAUUUUCAUACUACACACAUCAGAAAAAAAUUUUAUUUUCUUUACACGGGUCAUGGAUACGUGGAACUUUCUCAAGAGAAACAAAACUAAUUAACAAUCCCCCAAAUUAAAUAUAAAAACAUCUAAUAACUUUGAAAAAAAUGGCCCCAACACGACGACCCAGCGAUGGACUAUUAGCUCGAGUUAAUUUUCCUCUUUAUGCUGUUGAAAUGCUAACAAGUCGUCAUGUUUUGGUCGCCGGCGGAGGUGGAUCAAGUAAAACUGGUGUAGCCAAUGGAUUUGAAAUCUAUGAAAUCUAUCACAAUGGUCAACAUUUUGUGGCUGAAGAAAUUGUUCGCCACGAAACUGGUGCUAAUGUCGUGAUGAAUUUCGCUGUCAAGAACACCGAACGAAGGUCAUACUUGUUAGCUGGCCAAGAGUCUCAUUGCCAAAUGUAUUUUGUCAAUCCACGUAUUGUUAUUGACGGCGAACAGCCAGCCGAAGGCAAAAAGAAAUCACCUCCACCCGUCGAGAGGCCAAAUGAGAAUGGUGUUCGUCGAAGAGGUGGACAACAACCGUCGGGGGUGGAGGAUUUGCCAAAUGGACAACGACGAACAUCGUCGUUGGAAGAUGACGAUAUGAAAGCGUUUAAAAAACGCAUCCGUUUCGAUAUAAAAGCAUCGGAUUCAAUUCAAACGGACUUCCUAACUCAGGAGCCAUUGCAACGAGUUGUGCGUAUUGCUCCGAAUGGAGGAUCAAUGGCAACAGGCGGUACAGAUGGUUACCUUAGAGUUUGGUCAUUCCCACAAAUGGUCAAACGAAGUGACAUACAAGCUCAUACAAAAGAGAUUGACGACAUAGACUUUAGUCCCGAUAGCAAAUUCAUUGUGACAAUCUCCAAGGACGGCCAAGGCAACGUCUGGGACACAUCCACUAGCAAGUUGCAUCACAAACUUUCCUGGGACACACCCGAGGGAGCCAAGUAUCUCUACAAGCGAUGUCGCUAUGGCACCAUCGAAGCAAGUCGCGACAAUUAUCGCCUCUUUACCAUCACAAAUCCAUUAGGCAAAGUUGGCAAACAACGUGGCUAUUUGCAGCAAUGGAAUUGUGAUGAUGGCCAUUUGAAAAUGGCCGUCGGCAUUGAUGAGAGUCUGGCAUCGCUGGCGGUACGCGAUGAUGGACGAUUUGUAGCUGUUGGUACAAUGUUCUCGGGAAGUGUUUCGAUUUAUAUUGCAUUUAGUCUACAGCGUGUCCUUCACAUUCCUAAUGCCCAUUCAAUGUUCGUUACUGGUUUAGAGUUUCUACCGAUUACAAAUCAACAAGGACCACCAAUCUCAAGCGACACUGAAGCAGCUGUUCUAUCAAUAUCGGUUGACAAUAAAGUUUGCAUACAUAGCUUGCAAUAUAGACAUACGGUUCCCUAUUGGGUAGCUAUAAUUGGAAUAAUUUUCGUAAUUAUUUGUUCGUUUUUGUUGUGCUCGUAUAUAGGACUUUAAAUUAUAAAAAAAAAAUAGAAACAACAACAAAAACCAA